GCGGCUGCCCUGCACGGGACCCCUCCGGCCCCUCCGCUCCGGCCCGGCCAGGCCGGGCUCGCGCAGCGCCGGGGGCGCUGCAGCAAGGACAGGGUUAAAUGUCUGCGUGCGGCCCCUGGCGGUGACGUCACAGAGCAGGGAGGGGGCGGGGCCGCGGGAACUUCCUGCCCGGCCUGGCUCCGCCCACGUGGGUGCGGGAAGGGGCCGUGGCGGUGGCCCAGGGGACGGAGACGCCUCCAGUAAGUCCCACAAGAGAGCAAGAGAGGAGGCCCUGAGCUGGGUGAGGCCUCCCCAAGGAAAAAUGGCUGCUGAUAUGGGUCCCGCGCCAGCCCCGGGCUUCUCCUUGCCAACAUCAGGACAGCCCCGCGUGAAAGUGGAGGAGCAGGAAGCAGAGCCCAGGGUGGGAGCAAAGGGCACUGGGAAAACCCCUCGCAUUGUCCAGGCUGGGACCAGCGGUGGGUCCCUGACAUGGGCAGCUCCACGGCAGGUCAAGCAGGAGCUGCAGGAGGAACCGGUCCAGCGCUGGAAGGUGCUUCAAGCCCCGCCAUCCCCUGCCGGUGCUGCACCAACCCUGUCCUCCCCACGGGUGCUGGAGCUGGCACCCAGGGAUGAGCCUUCAGCUGUGGAGACGCGGCGCCAGCACUUCCGGGGCUUCUGCUACCAGGAGGCCGAGGGGCCGCGGGAGGUUUGCAGCCGCCUGCGGGAGCUCUGCCGAGGUUGGCUGCAGCCCCAGCGCCGCAGCAAGGAACAGAUGCUGGAGCUGGUGGUGCUGGAGCAGUUCCUGGCCAUCCUGCCCCAGGAGAUGCAGAGCUGGCAGUGGGGGUGCGGCGUGGAGACCUGUGCCGAGGCCGUGGCUUUGGCUGAGGGGUUUCAGCUGGGGCAGGAGGAGGAUGAAAAGCUGCAGGUCACAGUGCGUGUGAAAGUCGAGGACGUGACCUCGGACAAGAUGGUGCCUGCUGGGACAUUGUGGGAACCUCUGGAUUCCUGUCUGGAGCGUCCCCCCAUGCACACACCCCAGGACGAGGCUGGAUGGGGUGAAAGCCCAGGGCCUCGGGGAAGGUUGCCUCGUGCCUUCAGAGAGGAGCCUGCAUCACUCCAGGAGUCAGAUUCCCCCGAUGCACGUGAGACCUGGGACUCAUCGGCAGAUGAAAGCUCCUCAGGCUGGUUCCCCAUGCAAGGCCCUUCCCUUGAAGCAGGGAUCCUGAGCAGAGCUGAGGAAGGGCCUGUAACCCAGGAGCUGCCACGGCCGUUCUCGUGGAGGCUGCUGGAUAGAAGCUCCCAACCUGAGCCCAAGAGGCAGGGCCAACCCCAACUGCAGAGGGACAUUGUGGCUGGGAGCAGAGAUGGGUGCGAUUUGGAAGCCAGGGACAAGAGCCAGGAAAGUCUUGUGGAGCUGAGAGACCUGAAGAUCCACCAGUGGCAACUUCACCAAGGCGAGAGGCUGGAUCCAAGCCAAGCUGACGGGGCUGGCAUCCGAGGGAAGCCAGAGCUUGGUACCGUGUGCCAGGAGAGAGCUCACCCCUGCCUUCAGUGCGGGAAGCAUUUCAGCUGCCCAUCGCGCCUGGCCGCACACGAGCGUCUGCACGCAGGGGAGAAGCCUCAUGGCUGCCCCGAGUGCGAGAAGCGCUUCGCCCAUCCCUACUACCUGGCUGCCCACCGCCGUGUGCACUCAGGGGAGAAGCCCCAUGGCUGCCCUGAGUGCGAGAAGCGCUUCUCCAGCCGCUCGGACCUGGCCCGGCACCGCCGCAUCCACUCGGGGGAGAAGCCGCAGCGCUGCGGGGACUGUGGCAAGAGCUUCCUGUGCCGCUGGAAGCUGACCCGGCACCAGCGCAUCCACUCGGGGGAGAAGCUGCACCGGUGCCAGGACUGCGGGAAGAGCUUCGCUCGCCCUGACGGCCUGGCUGCUCACCGCCGCAUUCACUCGGGUGAGAGGCCGCACCGCUGCGGGGACUGCGGCAAGAGCUUCACGCAGUCGUCUGGCCUGGCCGUCCACCGUAAGUUCCAUUCGGGGGAGAAACCCCAUGGCUGUCCCGACUGCGGAAAGAGCUUUGUGCGCCGGCCAGACCUGGCCCAGCACCGGCGCAUCCACUCGGGCGAGCGCCCAUAUGUCUGCGGCGCCUGCGGGAAGAGCUUUGUCAACAGCUCCAACCUGGCCCGGCACCGCCGCAUCCAUGUGCAGGCGCCGGCUUGACUUGGCCCCCAUGGUGGACGCCCCUUCAGCCUCCACACCUCCUGCCCUCAGGCAGACGGCUUGCCAAGGGUAGAGAGAUGUGUCCGGCCCUUGUGAGGCACCGAAAGAGUCGCUGGGUCCAGAGGCCUGACCCUGGUAUUUGAUGGGGAGCAGAGAGGAUGUUCCCUUUUGCCAGAGGGAGUUAGCUGGCUGUGUUCCUUGCUGCCCCUCAGGAAUGACAUCAGAAUCCGCCUCAGAAUCUGGCCCUGCCCAGGCAGAGCCAUAGUGGACAGGAGAGGCUGGGGCAGGGGUCAGCACGGGCACCGCGACCUCCCCCUCUUUCUGACGUUGACCCCGGACCCUGCUGCACUGAGACUGUCCAGUUCUCCUGCAUGGACCAGCUGUGCCUUCCCGGCACGAGGCCACAGGCAGGCCUGACAGGCACCCUGGGGCUGUCACUCCGGUUCACUGCCAUGGCAUGGGCUGGUGGGCUUGUUCCUCCAAUCAUUCUUGGGGUCCCAGUACUGGAGGGUCUUGGGCUGCAGCAUUCAUGGUAUUUAUGACCAGAGAAGCAUUUGCUGAACCCCAUCUCCCCCCCCACCCCCCAACAAAUCAUCGCUCCCCCUGAAAUGUUUGUGCCUGUAACUCUCCCAGUGUCCCUCACGGCUUCUCUUGUCCUCUCAGCGGACUGUUAGCAGGAACCUCCGGGCAGUGUGGACCAGAGUGCCUCUGCUGGCUUUGAGCUGGGGGCUGUAUAGAGCAGUCCUGUCCUUCUUCGUGUCCUUGGGACAAGGUAUUUAGCAGAAGUCGCAGCUUCGUUGGCAACCGAUGGGCCCAGGCUGCAAGCGCUUCUGCCAUGGCAAAGGAGAGACAGCCCACGACAUAACCUACCUCUCCUAUGGAAGUGUGGGGCAGCCUCUUGAGGGGGCAAAUUCAGCACAUUGGACUCUCCCGUUGCAAGUGUCAGGUCUUGGCUGGUCCCAAAACCAUUCAACUCUGUGAUUCUCCUGUGGCAGCGACUCCCAAAGGCUAUUGACCAUCCAUCCUAUCACCUCUUCCCCGAUGCCGUGUCCUGCUGAACAGGGCACCCAAUGGACAUCUUUCCUGACAGAUCAGGUGUCCCAAAGUCAGGAACUCAUCCCCACGUCCCCUAGACCACAUUUUUUUUUUUUUAAAGAAAAUAAACCUCAUGUUGUUUGAA